CGACCGCAAAUUCCAAGUGGCCCAUUCUCGUGAAGAACGUUCCAUGUGCCCAUCCAUACUCCCUCAGGGGCAUUCCCGGAAUUCUCUCAUUUGCGCGCCUGUCAUAUCCCUACAUUAUCGUCCCUCUGUCUAAGAUUUUCUCUCUCCUCACCGUCUUUAUCUCAUGGAAGCUGCCAAUCUCUAGUCUCCGGUGUUCCCCACCCCCAAAUCUCGCUUGCUAGGUCGGUCGCGAGUCUUCUUUCGUCCUUACUCCACUCAUAGCGCUCUUGCCCUCCUUUGAUGGCGGCCGCGGUGACCGAUCCCUGAAACCCUCGCCAAGAAACACGAAGGGAUCGAGAAAUCGAAGCCUAGUUCGAUCAGAAUCCAUGGUGGUAGUGGUGGCGGCCGCGUAGAUGGGGUCGCUGGGGACGGGGAUUGCGCUGAAGAGGGCGCCGCUGCUCCGGUGGUCGCCAUCAGCCGGCGUACGGUCAUUCUUCCACCGGCACAGAUCCAGGCUAGCUCGGUUCCUCCUCUUCGAGAAGGUUGACUACAUCCAAUGGAUUUGCACCAUGGCCGCGUUCUUCUUCGUUGUCGUAUUCUUCCAGGCCUUCUUGCCGGGUCCUGUGAUGGAGAAAUCGGGGGAGAGGGAUCCAGGAAUCUUGGCGGGGAUCAGGGAGUUGGAUUUCGGGGAGGGGAUCAGGUUCGUGCCGUCGAAGCUGCUGGAAAAGUUCGAGCGGGAGAGGAGGGAGGCAAAUUUAUCGUUGAUGGCCUUGGGCAGACCCGUGAAGCGGGUCGGGCUUCUAAAGCCGCGGCUGGCAUUGGUGGUUGCCGAUCUGUCGCCAGAUGCCAUGCAGUUGCAGAUGCUUAGCAUUGCAGCUGCUUUAAAGGAGAUUGGGUAUGAUAUCGAGGUUUUUUCAUUUGAAGAUGGCCCUGCUCUUGCUGGUUGGAGAGCUAUAGGAAUACCUGUUUAUUUUCUGCCUGUCGACACAAAAACAGAAAUUACUGUUGAUUGGUUUGACUAUAAUGGCAUUCUUGUGAGUUCUCUCGAGGCAAAGCCUGUACUUUCAUUUCUUCUGCAGGAGCCUUUCAAAUCUAUACCUGUCAUAUGGACCAUACAGGAGAGGUCCCUAGCUCUUCGUCUUAGUCAAUAUGCAACAAAUGGCCAGGUUCAGCUUAUAAAUGACUGGAAACAAGUUUUUAGCAGAGCUACUGUUCUAGUGUUUCCAACCCAUUUAUUGCCGAUGAUGUAUUCAGAAUUUGAUUCAGGUAACUAUUUUGUUAUUCCGGGUUCUCCUGCUGAAGCAUUGGGAGCAGAUGAAUUUUUUGCUAUUCACAGUGACCAUGAUUUAAGAGUUAAUAUGGGUUAUGGAUCAGAGGAUUUUCUUAUUGCUAUUGUCAACAGCCAAUUUACAUACAGUGGUAUGUGGCUAGAGCAGGGACUCGUCUUGCAAGCAUUAGCACCACUACUCAAAGAGUUUCUACCUGUGAAAACUUCUCAUUCUAUGCUGAAAGUUCGCAUUUUGAGUGGGAAUUUGACUAGUGCAUACAAGAUGGCUCUAGAGACCAUUGCUUUAAAAGUUGGCUAUCCAAGGGGCAUUGUGGAGCAUCUUGUUUCUGAUGAAGACAUGAACAGUUUUCUUGGAAUAGCAGAUCUUGUAAUAUAUGGUUCAUUUCUUGAGGAGCCAUGCUUUCCCAGAGUGCUAAUGCAAGCUAUGAAUCUUGGAAAACUAAUUAUUGCUCCUGAUCUGGGCAUGAUAAGAAAAUAUGUUGAUGAUAGGGUGAAUGGAUAUCUUUUUCCAAAGAAGAAUGUUGGCAUGCUCACCCAGCUUGUACUUCAAGUCGUCUCAAAUGGAAAAUUGUCUCUACUUGCCCAGAAAAUUGCAUCAAUUGGCAAAGUGGAUGCCAGAAACCUAAUGGCUACUGAAAGUAUCCAAGGCUAUGCAUUGUUACUAGAAAAUAUUCUCAAAUUUCCAUCAGAAAUUUCAUCUCCCAAGGAUGCCAAGGAGAUCCCUUUAAUACUGAAGGAGGAAUGGCAAUGGCAUCUGUUCGAAAACAUUGCAGACACAAACAAUCUAAGUAGAAGUCUCAGAAGCGAAAAAAUAUUAGACAAGCUUGAAGAGGAGUGGAGUCAUAGUCAAAUGGAAAAUUCAUCUGCAUUGAAGUUUGAUGAAGCAUUCUCCUCAACAGCUUGGGAGGAAGAAAAAAGAAUCGAGAUGUUUAAUGCCAGAAUGAGAUUAGAAGAAGAAGAGUUGAUGGACAGGAGUGAUCAGCCUCAUGGAACAUGGGAGGAAGUUUACCGGAAUGCCAAAAGAGCUGACAGGGCAAGGAAUGCAUUGCAUGAGAGGGAUGAUAGGGAACUUGAACGGACAGGGCAGCCCCUGUGUAUAUAUGAACCUUAUUUUGGGGAAGGAACAUGGCCUUUUCUGCAUCAAACCUCGCUUUAUCGUGGAAUUAGCCUGUCCUCCAAAGGCCAAAGACCUGGAGCUGAUGAUGUAGAUGCUUCUUCCCGUCUUCCACUCCUUAGCAAUGUGUAUUACCGAGAUAUUCUUGGUGAAUAUGGAGCCUUUUUUGCUUUGGCUAGCCAGAUUGAUCGUGUUCACAAGAAUGCUUGGAUUGGGUUCCAGUCUUGGAAAGCAUCUGCAAGGAAGGCUUCCUUAUCUAAGAAAGCUGAAACUGCACUUCUGGAGAGCAUUGAAGCCAAGCGGCAUGGAGAUACCCUUUACUUUUGGGUUCGAAUGGACAAGGAUCCAAGAAAUCCUCUGCAACUAGAUUUUUGGACAUUUUGUGAUGUCAUUAAUGCAGGAAACUGCAGAUUUGCUGUUUCGGAGGCUCUUCAGAGGAUGUAUGAUGUACGUCAUGAUUUGAACUCUUUGCCACAAAUGCCUAAUGAUGGACAUUCUUGGUCUGUUAUGUACAGCUGGGCCUUACCAACAAGUUCUUUUCUUGAGUUCAUCAUGUUCUCAAGAAUGUUUGUAGACGCAUUGGAUGCCCAGAUGUAUGAGGAGCACCAUCAAAGUGGGCAUUGUUAUUUGAGUGUAUCCAAGGACCGCCACUGCUAUUCUCGUGUGCUGGAGCUUCUUGUGAACAUAUGGGCAUACCACAGUGCACGACGGAUGGUAUAUGUGAACCCUGAGACUGGAGAAAUGCAGGAACAGCACAAGCUGAACAGCCGGAGAGGUCAUAUGUGGAUCAGAUGGUUCUCGUAUGCCACCUUGAAGAGCAUGGACGAGGAUUUGGCAGAGGAAUCAGAUUCUGACCCCCCUGAUCGGAGAUGGCUGUGGCCCUCAACUGGUGAAGUCUUUUGGCAGGGUGUGUAUGAUAGGGAGCGAAACAGGCGCCAGCAACAGAAGGAAAGAAGGAAACAACAGAGCAGAGAUAAGAUUCAAAGAAUAAAAAAGCGAGCACGCCAAAAAACCCUUGGAAAAUACAUAAAACCACCUCCAGAGGAGACUGGUGAUUUAAACACUACCAGAGCUCUUUGAUCAGCAUUUCCUUAUAGACAAUCUUUUGAUGAUUCUUUUUUCCCCAUUUUUUCCAAUAUUUUUUCCCCUACCUAGUAGGGUGCUCGAAUGUGAUUAGAUUUGUACUUUUUUCAUUGUUUUUUGUUUUUGCAGCAUUGUAUUUUCACUACUGAUAAUUGGAGCAAAUCUAAUGACAAUUAAAGAUGUAAUUACACCAUUCCUUUCCGCUUC